GAUAGAUGUGUCCGGCAUAUAUAUGGUGAUGUUGUAAGUUCCAUUGCACACACAGCAGCGACGAGAAAAACUGUCCAUCCUUCGCUGUGAAACCCGUGCGUUCCGGUUAAUGUAUGCUCCAUUGUGCGACCAGAGUGUACGUAAGAGCGCGUCUCCCUGCUGAUCAUAGUCGGCUUGCCUUGAACGGCUCGCCUUGGAGUGGAGAGAGUUUGUGGAGCCGCGAAAUCGUUACAUGUAGAAAAGUGUCCACUUGUGCAUCGAUAUAACGACGUUUCGAAAAGAACAAGAAGCGCCUCCCGCCCAGCAUUGGCCACACAGAUGCGCUUUUAGCGGCGAACUAGUUUGCGUGUACAUGUGGUUGUGUGCCCUUGUUUGUAUACUUGGUACGUGAUUUAAUAGCCAGUCACAGGAUCUGGCGCGUUCUGCUCCGUAAAAAGAAUUCCUUGAAGGUCAACACAAGGAUUCCAGCCCAAAGCGUAUCUUGAGAAAGUUUAUGAAAUCUCUCGAACAUAAUCGAUAAGCUGUGUUGCUUGUAAACAAGGUUGCUACGAAUGGUUGCGUUGAGGAAACAAAGAAAGUGGUGAACCGAAGAUUGUAAGAAGCAAUAAGGGGUCUUUCUGUGUGUACGAACGGUGCACAGCCCGCAAAGUGCGUGAAGAAGAAGAGCAAGCCAAGCAACUCUCAAAGUGUGUGUGCUCCCUGCAGGUGUAUUUGUGUGAGUUAGCGUUGUGACGCAAACCCGAAAUACAGCGAUUUAUUGCCGUCCCGUGUCGUGUGUGCGGCGCGAGGUUUACGACUUCUAUCAGCCGAGUUUUGUGUUGUUUUCGUUGACCAAAGAGCGACGGCCAGAACUUUCCCGGACACCGUUUGUUGUCCCCGUGUGCGUUUAUUGACCCGGUCACAAACCUGAAACAUAUCCCCACCUUCCCAAUCGGCCAAUCCAGUGAGCGGAAACAGGAACGCAGCAUUAACCGCAGAGCUAACCGGUGGUAACCCGGCAAGGAAGAAACUGCGUAUUUCUCUCUGUACUUAAAUGUGCCCGCAAGCAGUAGCCUUUACCGACAGCAAACGCAUCAGCAGUAGCGGCAGCAUAAGCAGCACCAGCAGCGGCAACAACCACAUUUGCCGCCGCCAGCAGGUUGCGAGCACGAAAAUACUGAAGAAGAGACUCUGCAUACACCCAACCACCAUGUUCAGAAUCGCCUUGAAGAUCAAUAACGGACUGCUAAUAGAGAGAUCACCCAAGAUGGUCAAGUACUCGGGCCCCGCGAGCCGAAGCUGCUUUACGGUGAACCCGUUGCUGCACUAAGGUGCUGGAGUGCGUGGCCAUAAACUAUUUCUUGUUUCGUUCCACCACUCGCCGUUGAGCAUACAGAGUUCGAGGCACACUCUGCUAGUACAUAAGUAACUUUACGAAGGCAUCGUUUACCAUUGGUUGGGUUAAAAGAAACAGCAAGCUACGACAACAAGCGACAACAUAACAUCAUCAAAGAAGGCGCGCGUGUGCGUUUUUAUCGAUCGAAAAGAUAUUGUUCCCAAUUGAGAGGCCACGGCCAAGGUUUUCACGAACAAAUCCACAAACAAAUCAUACAAAUAUGAAGCUCCUGGAGAGUACCCGCUUUGAGGCGGUCAACAAUGCGCUGCACAUCCAGACCGGUGACAGCACGAUCUACGGCCGGAUCGAGUCGUACUCCUGUAAGAUGGCCGGCAACGACAAGGCGCUGUACAAGCGGUUCACAUCGGAGCAGGCCCCGACCGAUUUGCAGGCCCUGUCGCCUCCGCAAACCCUACAGGAUCUGUCCCCGCAGAUCCUCCGCAGCAGCCUGUCCGGCGACGAGGGCGUCACACUGUGCGACACCAUUUCGCGCAAGACGCUGUUCUAUCUGAUCGCGACUCUGAAUGCCGCUUUCGAGCCGGACUACGACUUUAGCGAUGCGAAGAGUCACGAGUUCAGCAAGGAACCGUCCCUCCAGUGGGUACUGAACUCGAUCGAGGGCAACCUGGCGCCGGUGGCUGGCGAGCAGUACAGCAAGAUCCGUCACGCCCUGUGGACAACGAUCGAGGACGAAAUUUCACUGAACGACUGUGACAUCUACAGCUACAAUCCGGACCUGAACUCGGACCCAUUCGGCGAACCUGGCUGCCUGUGGUCGUUCAAUUAUUUUUUCUAUAACAAAAAGCUGAAGCGCAUCGUUUUCUUCACGUGCCGUGCCAUCAACUCGGUGUACGCGGACUCUGGAUUUACGAGCGAUUUUGCUAUGGAGGAUGAAGAGUGCUACUAAAGGAUGACAACAGUUCCGCGAAGCAACGCAAUCUUCUUUAGGAACGGCCACGGAAUGACACCGGAAUCCCGAAUCCAGCAGCAGGACGACAGCAUGAUUAUGAGAUUGACACUGGAAAUCCGAAUGGCCGUUCCUUUGUUGGAUGCGGACUCACUUUCGGACGUUCGAAAAUCGACAGACGCACAUUGAACCGUUUAUCACUAUUUUUUUUAUUACUGCACAAUCGUACAGAACAACCAUCGCGAUCAAUCGCGAUUUCAUAAUCAGACUAAUUACGAUGGUAUGUUUUUUGCUCUUUAUGUGUUCUUUUAGUAAGGCUAAGGGAUUUGUUUUCGCCCCGAACAAAAGACCACAGUAAAAAGCGCGAUCGGUUCGGGUCGGCUUUUCGGUCUUAGGAUGACACAGACACAGAGACACAUCCGUUUGGUUUUGGUGUACUAAUUUUUUUCUUCAUUUCAUAUUACACAUUCAUGAAUACGUUUAACUAUUUAUCUUAAUCCAUUAACCACACGAAUUGGAUCCGUAUCCGUCAAGAAAGAGCGGAUUGACGAACAAUAUUUCUUCGAUCGAAGAAUCAGACGAAAUGCAGUUGUGAAGCUUGUGCGAUUUUAGUGUGCGCUAGCAAAGCAUUGUGUCGGGCCCGCACCACAUCAUGAGGCCAACACGACGCUACGCGCGCAAAGUACCGUAAAACCCAGGAAACCAACCAAGAACAAGACACCGCACCGUUACGCGAGGGCAGGUGAGAGCUGCGGCGUGAGAACUGGCGUAACGGUGAGUGCGCGAUGCUGGCAAUGCGUAGCCAACUGGAGAGCUUGGAAGAGUCUCGUAGUCUUAUUAAGUAGAGUAGAGAAACAAUGAUAGAUGUCGAUAAAACGCACGCGAAUGAUGGUUUAGUAGGAGUUGAGAGAAGGUUAGAGCUGAUAGCGAGAAUGGCACGCCUGCCAAAAAGGCCAGAGACAAAAGGCCAAACACACAGAGAUAUAGUGGCAGAGGGGACAACCAGGCAAAUAAAGCCGGUUAACAAGAGCACUAAAGCUUCGGCUUCAACUUAAUCCGCUUAGUACGUUAGGGAACAGGCUCUUCCAAGACUACGAACGGGCGGUGGCUUUCGAUCAAAAGCGAUGGCUGCCAAACGUCCCCGUGGUACCAGUUGGUGAAAUUGCCCCUGUUUCUGUUUGUCAGCGAUGCGUGCCAUUUUUGGCCCUUCAACACUCGUGGGCACGGCGGCGAGCACAUUAUGAGGAGCGACGCCUAAUAUCAACUGUUAACUGGUUGUGCGCCUCGCUGACAAGCAGCGGACAGUGACCUGGUACACUGAGAGAGAUAGGGCGGUUCCUGGAACAUUCCCGGGGCGGUUAUCCACGCAGCAAGCCAAACGCCAUUCUGGUUUGACCGGUAGGCCACUGUACGCGCCGCGCACCAUGAUGUACUAGAGUGCAGCGCAACGUGGCAACCGGUCGCGACUUUAACCGCCCACCACCCUGCGGUCCUGUGUCCGGUGGUGGGACCGCACGUGAGAACUAUUUCACUGACUGUACCCCCGUUUUGUGAUAUUAGGCAUGUAAGUUUUAUCUUUGAAGCGGCACCCCAUUCUCAAAUCCGCGAAACGAUUCAUCCGCAAACUUGAUCCCGUGGCCAGUUGACCGUGUUAUGCUUUUGCUACAUUCAUUUAAGAAGCACACACCUAAUGUAAACCCCCCUUUUUGGGUGCAUCAAACCCGAUGCGCCCCCUUUCGUAGUCGCGCAAAUUUGCUUCACAUGAAGGAACUGACAACGUUGAAGUCUUUCCGGAACGAUCGGAAGUGUUUUGGUGGUGUCCCGUGCGAGUUUAACCCAUUUCUUGCUGGUCGAAAUGAAGUUGGAAACAUAAUGAGGUGUGACAGCAACAAGGGGCCCACGGCGGUUCUUCUCCCAAAACGCCGCCGUCGGUCGCUUGCCCAAUCUUAUCUUUAACAACAACGUGAUGAGCAAAAGUCGUCGUGAUCUUCAUUAAAUGCUAAAGUACAAAUUACACGAAAUGUGAUAAGUAGCUUUAGAAAACAACAUACACACACGCAUACGCGCCGUCGUAGGGUGAUAUACCGACAGCAACACACCUCCUUAGGACUUGGCAUACGCUCUAGGGGACGGAUAACGAUCGUACGAUCGCCUUGCUAUGCUCGCGUGUCAAGAGAGAUUCUCAUGAUCUCACGAUGGAAACAAGAAUCACAACAACCCAGCAGAGUAGUAUGGCUGUGGGUUACCAUGGAGAACGCUGUACCCUAUUUCGAGACACAAACGGGUACGAAAUCACGAUUGGGACACACCUUUGUGUUUGUAAACAAAGUUGGAAAGGCGAACAAAGUCAACCAGAAAAUGGGACACCCCGAUGGAGCGGCUACUAGAUUCGCUAGGUCUCCGGCCGGAGGUGUCGACGAUUAAAGAACGCUUCUCGCCCUGUCAAUGACACCACCGCGCGCGCAUACUUUGAUCCGAUCGCACGAGAGUCACACUUCUGAAUUGAUUUGGCAUGUCAAUUCUCUUUCAUUCUCUUCUCUUCACCUGCUGCUGUUGUUUGGCAGGUCCGCAAUGGAAACAAGCAUUGGCAACGCAACAUUUAACAAAUGGGCAAACGCGGUGAAUCGUUUAAAACAAAUUAAAUAGCAUACAAGCAAACGUAGUAGCGGCGGUUAAAAGCGUAAUACUUGAAUGUAUUUAUCACGCGCAUGAAACGUGAUCAAAUUAUUAAACAUACAGCAAUUAAUCUUUGAACAGUUCGUUUAGCAGCACGCGCGCGAGGGACGCGCACUCUGAAUGUCCCCCCGUCGAGUAAGAAACGGUCCAGAUCGAACCGACCCUCAAAAAUGAGGGGCUUGCAAGUUUGGCAAACAAACAUGUGUUGCAUUACUUUAUCACUAUUUUAAAUUCUAGAAAAUGUGAAAUGAACUCUAAACUUUUAAGGGGCUCUAAGGGGAAGUAACAGUAAAAGGAAUGAAAAUGUAAAAAAAAAACAAUAAAAACUAAG